AUAUUGUCUCAUUUUAUUUUAUCCUUGUGAAAAAGAAGAGUUAGGGUUUAAGUCUUUCUAUGUUAAAAUAUUUCUGUUGUUUCUCCGGCUGAUUUUAUUGGACCAGGGGGAGGAGGAACAGACCAUAGAGAAGAAACAGAGGGAGAGACGGAUCGGAGCAGUAGCUAUGGCGGCCACCUUACCACAACCAGAUGUGAAACUAUUUAAUCGCUGGACUUUCGAAGAUGUCGAGGUUAGUGACUUUUCUCUACAAGAUUACAUAGCUGUUUCAGCACGAAAACAUGCAACAUUUGUUCCCCAUACCGCUGGACGAUAUUCAGUUAAACGAUUCCGAAAGGCACAAUGCCCUAUUGUUGAGCGGUUGACAAAUUCUCUGAUGAUGCAUGGGCGCAAUAACGGAAAGAAGUUGAUGGCCGUGCGAAUAGUUAAACAUGCUAUGGAGAUUAUUCACCUGCUUACUGAUCAAAACCCAAUACAGGUCAUUGUUGAUGCUAUUAUCAACAGUGGUCCAAGAGAAGAUGCAACUCGAAUUGGUUCUGCGGGUGUCGUAAGACGUCAAGCAGUUGAUAUAUCUCCCCUGAGACGUGUCAAUCAGGCAAUCUAUCUUCUUACCACCGGUGCCCGGGAAAGUGCAUUCCGAAAUAUUAAAACAAUUGCUGAGUGUCUUGCAGAUGAGCUUAUCAAUGCUGCCAAGGGAUCUUCAAACAGUUAUGCAAUAAAGAAGAAAGAUGAGAUUGAGCGUGUUGCCAAGGCAAAUCGUUGAUCAGUUCCCUUCAUGUUGGCUUUUUUGGAAGUGAUCUCUGCUAAAUUUAGGUCUGAUUAAAUGCCAUGCAUGGUUGUAUGGGUUUAUUUCAAGGAAACAACUUAUAAUAGUAGGAGGAUUGAAUAUAAAAAAUUAACAGGUUUAAAUGAUUUCAGCUUUGUUGGCUGAACAUUUUUGGAAGUUUUGCCAGAUUGAAUUGGAUGAUAUAAUUUUUUUUCGGAUAAUUUAAUUUAGCUUUACUGGGAUAUUUUAAUCACCAGGAGGCCUGGUAAUUCUAAAAAUAUUUUUUUGUCUUUGUUUCUGUGCUCUAGUUCAAUUUUGUAAUGGAAAAUAUGAAUCUUGCAUUUGCUGUUA